AAAACGCAAGUGAUAAGAAAUUUACUCACUACGGAAAUUAUCUUCCUCGGUGGAGAGAGAUGGGCGAGAGGCUGAUUGCUCUUUCUAUUCCCCAAAUAAUCCCAAAGCCACUUCACAUUCAUCGCCAUUUCCAUGGUUUCUCCACUUCCACUCUCUGUCUCCGACCAAACCCGACCCGGUUCUACCGGGUAAUAUCCCAACCCUCACGCCGACGAACCCAUCACCUUCAAUGUCGCAGCCAUAGCGGGGGCAACACAAAAACUCACGAUGACGACGGAAUCCCCGCCGACGAAGUGAAGAUCAUCGCCAAGUUCAAGUCUCGACACAACUACAUCAGGGUUCUCGAAGUUUCCAGAAGAACCCUUCACCCGCUCGCCGGCUCUCGCCUUCUCCUCCUCGACGAUCCCGGUAACAUCCACAGCAUUUCUUUCCUCUUCAAAACCCUAACCGAGAGUUACUUCGACGUUUUCGCAACCUUGCCUCCGGUUAUACCUCCUGGACCCGUCGGCAUUCUCGGGUUUGGGGCGGGUUCUGCGGCUCGUUUGAUUCUGGAACUCCACCCGGAAGCCAUUGUCCAUGGAUGGGAACUUGACCCUUGUGUAAUUGACGUUGCUAGGAAGUUUUUUGGCUUGUCUAAGCUCGAAAAGCAGUACAAAGAUAGGCUUUUUAUCAACAUUGGUAAUGCCCUGGAUGCUAGUGUGAGAACGGGGUUUUCGGGUAUUCUUGUGGAUUUGUUUAGCAAAGGCAGCGUGAUUCCUGAGCUCCAGGAUCCGAAUGUGUGGGAGAAUCUGAGAAGUAAAUUGAGGAAGAACGGGAGAAUCAUGGUGAAUGUUGGGGGAAGGUGUGUGGAGGCUGAGGAUUCACAGAGAGAUGGGGAUAUGGUUAUGGAGGAAACUCUGAAGGCGAUGAGUUUGGUUUUUGGAGAUGAGCUCUUUGUUCUGACUCUUGGGAGUGGAAACGAUAGUUCUCUUGCUCUUACGGGCGAUUUGCAGGACCUCGAUGCGUGGAAGAAGAAACUGCGGAUGCCCGAGUUGAGGGGUUAUGUUGAUAUGUGGAAACCAUACAGAGAUUCAACGUGAGCAAAUGCCAUGAGUCAAAUUUGUUCUAUCUCCGAGCUCAGUUCUCCCCGUGCCAUAGCAAUGAAGGCGAUAAGCUUGCAUCUGCGCUUAAAAAUGUCGUCCUGAUUUAAAAUUCUGGGACAUAAUGAAUGAGCUAUAACACAAAACGAGGGCUUACAAUUUCUUCUGAUGUUCAUAGGAAAGGGACUUAUAUGGGACACAGUAAGAAGAAAUUUGAUCGUCCUCCCUCUUUGACUGUUGAGAAGAAACUUGAAAAGCCAUUUCUUUCUUUCUUUUUUUUUUUUUUCUAUUUGUUUCUUUGAUGUGGCUGUGUUGUCUUCCCGAGAUUUCUUGUAGAGGAGAGAAAACAACACUUGUUUUCGGCACGCUUAUGCAUUGGCUUCUCCUCCUUCAGGUGUUGACUCUUGCUCUGUCA